UACAGAAUGCCCAUAUGAAAAUGUGUUACUGCUCAUCCUCAUCAUCAUCGUCAUCCCAAUCUCGAUCUCCAUUGUUGCCCCAACAAUGACAAGUCGACAUCCGCAGUCGUCGAUCCCACAACCACCAACGAUUCGCCGCCACCACCGCCUUCUACGGUUCCCGACGACAGCCAACCGGCGGCGGUUGAUCCGAACAACAAAAUUGAAUCCGAAGUUCAUCACUGAUCACACUGAAUAUCGACACGCAGCGCAUGACGGAAGCGACGUGACGUUUCCGAUUCAAUUAAGAGCGGAAGGAGUUGACGUCGGGAAGCAUGUGGUGGCUGCCAUUUCCCGGGAUUAUGGGACGGAACCCACGUUGAGGUUCAAAUCAGUUCUUCAUGUUUGGGCACGACUCCAACCGAAUCUAUUCCCUGCCGGUACUAUUUAGCUCGGAUUAGUUGCAAUCCGUUCUGGAUCGGAUCUUCUAAUAUUGGGAUGAGCACAAUCUCCUCGGAUCACAAAAAAUGUCACGUCCACGUGAUUCGACAAAACAAGCCGAGUUUCUCAGAUGAAAAACGAGUCAAAAUUGAAGACUGAGAAAAUAAAUUAGCAGUCACUAUCAUUUUUCCACAUCUCUUAGGGAACUUUUAUCAUAUUUAACGGAUUUCUUCCUGAAAUGAAGAUAAAUAUUGUGUAAGACUGUUAGUCCAAUCCCAAAAUUGAGC